CUCCCCAAACAAAAUGUCCGCCAGUGGAAUGUACAAAAUAAAACCGAUUUACGACAAUUCCGACCUUGUAAUAGAGCUUCCAACUUGCAUGUACAAAAUGAAAAAUAUUCACGAAGAUUCGUCCGAUGAUACGGCUAUCGAUAAUCCCGAACUUCUGGAGCUUAUUUCUCAUCAAGAAACAGUCUUAAAAGAACUUGAAAAGCUUAAACUAGAAAUUGAUCAAAUUGGUGAAGAUAUUGGCUUGAGCAGCAAAACUAAACCAGCAGCCAAGGCAACAAGUGCCAAGGAACCUCCCACAACACCAGCGCCAAUCUCUUGCAACAUGGUUGUAAAGACCUCACCCAAGGACCCACCCUUCUCGGUAUAUCUGCUGUACCAAUUGGCCCUGAAGCAUGGGCUGGACUGCUCAACAAUGUCUCAUACACACUCGUCAUUGCCUGGUCAAGUGCCAGACAACAUACAAAAGUUGUUUGAUAAUUCAUGUUGUAGGAACAGUGACAUCUGCUUGAGAUUUAUUUGGAGAAGUGAUAUUCUUGCACCAAAUCUAAUGAUAUCAAUUGCAAAUCAAUCUCCUAUUCUUGGUGAAAGCAACAUCCUUCGCUUUCUAGCACGGCAAUUUCUACCAGAUCUCUACAAUGCACACAGCCCUCUCCAAAUAGCGACCAUUGAUGACUGGCUAAGUUCUGCCAUUCAAUUCACAUCCACCAAAGAUGGGGAAACCUUUAUUCAAAAUCUCAACACUCACCUUGGCAAACACAACUGGCUCUCUGGUGAUGCUAUCUCCAUAGCUGACAUAUAUUGCAGUGUUGCUUUGAUCAAGAGUAAUUCAAACCGCAAGCUUCCAAAAAAUGUCUCAAAAUGGAUGGCAAAUUGUAGAAAAGAGCUUCCAAGUUUUGACCAAGUUGAGAACCUAUGCAAGUGAAGUGAAAUGAACAGUAUAAAAACUAGUGAUUACAAAUUAGUAGUUAGGAAAUAUAUUUUGCAAUAAGUCCACCUAUUA